AUAGGCCGAGGAUUAGAUCUCACAUACCAGCUGCUGUCCAAAACCUGUCCUUUGAUGAUCUCUCGUAAGCACUGUGUUUUCCAGCAAAAUGCAGAAGGGCAGUGGACUGUCAAGGAUAACAAGAGUCUAAAUGGAGUCUGGCUUAACAAACAGCGUCUGGAUCCCUCCAAAGCCUAUCCUAUUGCUGAAGGAGACCGUAUCCAACUGGGAGUGCCUUUGGAAAACAGAGAGGCUGCUGAAUAUGAGUAUGAAGUAAUCAAAGAGGAAUGGGAGAAAAUCAGACCCUUUUUAGCCCAAAGAAGUGACCUGGGAAAAGCUAGGAGUUCAAGAACGAAACGUAAGUUUAAUUCAGAGGAAUUGGAGACAUCUGGAUCAGAAGGCCCUUCAGACUCCAGAUCCAAAAGAGACAGAGUAUCUUGUGACAAUUACCCUUUGGGUAAAUCAUCAGGUAGGGCUGAAGAGGCCAAACAGUUAACAGAGAACGUGGAUAUCAAGCUGCCUCCUCCUGGACCCAGUGAGGAGGAGGUCAGUGAUCCAGUGCUUAAUAGCCCUGUGUGCUCUGAGAAAGCAGUGUCUGUCGUCCGUAAGGACCAGAAAGGCUCUGGUCUUGCACAGUCAUGGAAUGGGUUGGAAAUGCUGAAGAAGACAUUGGCAGAUAUAAUGAAGUUAAAGGUCAAAGUGCAGGAGAAGCAGACAGCAGUGCUGAAUGUGAAGCAGAAGCGCAGGAAGUGUGCGCAGAAGGACAUCCUGGCGAUGGAGCAGGAGCUGCAGGAGUUGCAGAGCCAGCUUUGCACAGAACAAGAGCAUCAGCAGCAGCAGGUGGAAGAGCUGGAGAGGACGUUCUCUAAAGAGCAGCAGAAGCUGGAGGGAGUAAAGGGCCAACAUGGGGAAGAGAAUCUGAAGGAGCAGCUAGCCCAGGUCCUGCAGGAGCAUCGUGCUUUGAUGGAAGAACUGAGCCGUAGUAAGAAAGAUUUUGAGGAGAUAAUUCGAGCCAAGAAUAAAGAGCUGGAAGAAACCAAGGAGGAGAAGGAAAAAGUGAGAGCCCAGAAAGAAGAGGUGUUGAAUCAGAUGAAUGACGUGUUGGAGAAUGAGUUGCAGUGCACAAUCUGUUCUGAGCACUUUAUUGAGGCAGUCACUCUGAACUGUGCACACAGCUUCUGCUCCUACUGUAUCAACGAGUGGACAAAACGUAAAGUGGAGUGCCCUAUCUGCAGGCAGGAGAUCAAAUCAAAGACACGCUCUCUGGUCCUAGAUAACUGCAUUGACAGGAUGGUAGAAAAACUGGACAUGGAAACGAAAAGGCAUCGCCUGACCCUUAUCAGAGAGCGGAAAGAGAAACGGAAUGUGUUGGUGAACCCAGCCACGGACAGUGACAGCAGUGUCAUUUCUUCUGCUUACUCCAUCUUGUUGUUGAGCAGUUGUGACAGUGAAGACCCUGAAGAGGAUUCUUACUACCGUGAAAGCUACUACAUUAUCUAAACACUGUUAUUGUCAACUCGUUUGCCUGUGUGCUUCCCAGAACCACCCUAAUGGUGUUUGGUUGACUGCUGCUGGAUGAAUGGACUGGACAUCUGGAAGGAGAGGUGUACUGUGAAGAUGCUGGAGCU